AGGAUCCACAAUCUCCAUCUCUCUGAAAUCUCUGUCUCUAUAUAUGGUUGGUGCAGAUCUUCACUUACUGCAACAAUCGACAAUGGCUUCCUUCCUUCUUCUCCUCUGCGCCAUUGGUGCUUUGAUUCCCUUCUCAAUUGCAGGGGACAUCGCGAUCUAUUGGGGCCAAAAUGGCAACGAGGGUUCCCUGGCAAGCACAUGUGCCACGGGGAGGUACGCCUACGUGAACCUCGCCUUCCUUUACAUCUUCGGCAGCGGGAGAACCCCACAAAUCAACCUCGCCGGCCACUGCGUCCCUGCCUCCGGCGGCUGCACCGGCCUGAGCAGCGACAUAAGGUCUUGCCAGCAGCGGGGCGUCAAGGUAUUGCUCUCCCUGGGUGGCGGCGCUGGCUCCUACAGCCUCUCCUCCACCGAAGACGCAAGGCAAGUCGCGGAGUAUCUAUGGAACAACUUCCUGGGCGGGACCUCCGCCGGCCGGCCGCUGGGCGACGCCCCUCUCGACGGCAUCGACUUCGACAUCGAGCUGGGCUCGCCGAAUUACUUCGACGAUCUAGCGAGGUUUCUGUCCGGGUACAGCUCGAGGGGGAGGAAGGUGUAUUUGACGGCGGCUCCUCAGUGCCCGUUCCCCGACGCGAUGCUCGGACCGGCGCUGAACACGGGCUUGUUCGACUACGUCUGGGUGCAGUUCUACAACAACCCUCCCUGCCAGUACUCUUCUGGGGGUGCGACCAACUUGGCUAAUGCGUGGAACCGAUGGACUUCUAGCAUUAAGGCGACCAGGAUCUUCCUUGGACUUCCGGCAGCGCCGGCGGCCGCCGGCAGUGGCUUCAUACCCACAAAGGACCUCAUCUCAACCGUGCUUCCCGUAGUGAAGAGUGCUUCCAACUACGGAGGGAUCAUGCUGUGGUCCAAGUACUAUGAUGAUACGACAGGGUAUAGCGCAGCUGUAAAACCUUGUGUAGAGAAGCAGCUGCCUGGAUUUGGGAAACAAAAUAACCAUCUCUACGUAUGAAUAUUUUUCAUCAAUAAAUACCAUUUUAUCGUGUU